AUGGCUGUCACUUUAGAUGAGCUCCCGGCGGGCUACUACCGCAGCAAGAACUUUAUUGGUUCAACGGCUGCCGUAUGUCUGAUGGCCAUCAGUCUGUACCUCGGCUAUGUCUUGCCAGUCAACAGUCUGACGGCGAUCGAUGAAGAUCUUGGCCCUGAUCCCAACUACACCAUGGUCUCAACCGUCUUCACCCUCAUUUCCGGUGUCGCCCUCCUCCUCGUCGGCCGUCUGGGUGACAUCUUCGGCCGCCGCUACUUCCUCAUCGCCGGCCAGGUGUGCGGUCUGAUCGGCUCCAUCGUCUGCGCGACGGCCAAGAAUGUCCCCACCGUUAUUGGCGGCAGUGUGCUGUGCGGCCUCGCGGCGGCGGUGCAGCUCACCUUCACCUUUGUGCUCGCCGAGCUGGUGCCCAACAAGACCCGCCCGGCCGUCAACGCCGGUAUCUUCGUAACCACCCUGCCCUUUGCGGGCUUUGGUGCCCUCAUCGCCGAGGAGCUCAUCGCCAACACGGCUCGCUCGUGGCGCUGGAGCUACUAUCUCAACAUCAUCACCUGCUCCCUCUCCACCAUCCUCCUGGCCUGCUUCUACUUCCCCCCCGGCUGGGACCAGAAGCACCGUGGCGAGAGCCGCUGGGUGGGCAUUAAGAAACUGGACUAUGUUGGCUUCACCCUGUAUGCCGCCGGUGUUGUCUUGAUUCUCUUGGGCCUGUCCUGGGGAGGCACCACCUAUACCUGGGACUCGGCUCACGUCGUUGCCGUGCUGGUCAUUGGCUUCGUCUCUCUGCUUGCCUUUGCUCUCUAUGAAACCUUUGUUUCCAUUGAGCAACCCAUCCUGCCCCUUUCUCUGCUGCGCAACCCCGGAUACACGGCCUGCGUCUGCUCGGCGCUGGUCGGCAACAUGGUUUACUUCUCCAUGAGUAUUCUGUGGCCCACUGCUGUCGCUGCCCUGUUCACCACCAAUGCCAUCCACGCCGGCUGGCUUGCAGUCUCCACUGGUCUUGGUGUCCUUAUUGGUGAGGUUGCUGGUGGACUGUUGAUGAAGCCCAUCGGCCACAGCAAGUACCAACUCAUCGCCGUCACGACCGGAGUCACUGUCUUCAACGGCGCUCUGGCUGCUCUCAACGAGGAUCGUCUGGUCCUCGGCAUUGCCUUCACUGCCCUCGGCGGCUUCUUUGUCGGCUACCUCGAGAUCUUGACCAUCAUCAUGUGCCCGCUUUACUGCGCCCCUGAGGAUAUUGGCCUGGCCAGCGGUUUCCUCGGCUCAGCCAAGCAGAUUGCCGGAACAAUCGCCACUGCCAUCUUUGUGGCCAUCCUUGAUAACCGCCUCGAGUCCUAUGCUGUCAUCAACGAUACCGCUUACUCUGAUUCCUUCCGCACCGUCUUCCUCUCCAGCAUUGCCUUUGGUGGCUGCGCGAUCAUCGCGGCUAUCUUUUCCAUCUCGGUGGACGACAAGCUCGAUGGCACCGUCGCCGCCAAGUUGGGCGGCGAGGGAUCUGUCGACUUGGUCAGCGACGAAGAGAAGGCUGCUGAACUUGAGAAGGGAAGUGACAUUGAGAAGGCAAAUGAUGCUGACAGUUCCAAUUGA